UGUAAUUCGUUUCCUUAUUUCUUCCAGCCGUAGACCUCUAAUAUAUCUAGAGAUGUCAUAUAGUUGAUUAGAAGGUCAGACUGAGUAGGUGCACACCUUGAGAUCAUAUUCUCCUCCUACAGAUAAUGUAUCGAGUGGGAGUAUUUGACACCCGAAGCAGAGGUUUGAAACCAUGGAUGAUUGCCCUUCUCAUUGUAUUGUUACUGACAGUGGUGGCUGUGGCUAUCGGUCUUCUGGUUCACUUCUUAGUCUCUGACCAGAAAAUGGAGUAUUAUCAUGGCACUUUUAAAAUUUCAGAUCUACGAGGCAACGGUAAUUCUAGACAAAACAGCCCAUAUCGGUUUAUGGAAUUACGGGAGAUUAGUGAAAACCUGGUGGAUGAGACAUUUAUAGAUUCGGCCUUGAACAAGCAUUAUAUCAAGAACCAAGUAGUGAAACUGACUCCAGAGGAAGAUGGGACGACAGUAGAUGUCAUUAUGGUGUUCCAGUUCCCCUCUGCUGAGUCAAGUGCAGUGAGAAAUAGGAAAAUCCGCAGCAUCUUAGAUGAGAAGAUAAGGAACACCAGAGCCUUGUCAAUAAACACCUCAUCAGUUGAAGUUAAUGCAAUGAGCUCAUCAACAGGGAAGCUAACUGUCCAAGCAUGUUGUGGUAAACGAGUUGCUCCAUUAGUAAGCAACAGAAUAAUGUCCGGAGAGAUCGCAGGCAAGGCUGCCUGGCCUUGGCAAGCUUCUCUUCAGCAUAAUAAAAUACAUCAGUGUGGGGCCACCUUGAUUAGUAAUACUUGGCUUGUUACUGCAGCACACUGCUUUAAGAAUAAAGCAAACCCACAUCAGUGGACUGUUAGCUUUGGAACAAAAAUCAACCCUCCAUUAAUGAAAAGAAACAUCAAAAGAAUUAUCGUCCAUGAGAGGUACCGCUCCCCAGCAAGAGAGUACGACAUUGCUGUUGUGCAGUUCUCUCCCAGAGUCACCUUUACUGAUGACAUCCGACGAAUUUGUUUGCCAGAAGCCUCUGCGUCCUUCCAACCAAAUUCAACUGUCUAUAUCACAGGAUUUGGAGCACUUUUUUAUGGUGGGGAAUCCCAAAAUGAUCUUCGAGAAGCCAGACUGAAAAUCAUAAGUGAUGAUGUGUGCAAGCAGCCACAUGUGUAUGGCAGUGAUAUAAAAUUUGGAAUGAUGUGUGCUGGAUAUCUGGAAGGAAUAUAUGAUGCCUGCAGGGGUGAUUCUGGGGGACCUUUAGUUGGAAAGGACUUUAAAGAUACCUGGUAUCUCAUUGGAAUCGUGAGCUGGGGAGAUAACUGUGGUCAGAGGAACAAACCUGGAGUCUACACAAAAGUGACUUAUUACCGAAACUGGAUUGCUUCAAAAACAGGCCUCUAAUGCGCUAUACAACUUAAACACUGAGAGCUGUAUGCAGGUCAUACAUGCAUGAGAAUCCAUAUAUUUUGUGGUUGUAGUACAAUGAAGUGAAAUUAAAUGACAUGAUUUAUUUCCAAAUCACUUUAAUCAACCAAAAUCCCAUGGCCAAUUUGUAAAGGAUUUAAAUUUAUAAGGUAGUGAGCCAGUUUAGCCUGGUUUGAAAAAUACAAUAGAGAUACUGGGCUUUUUAAGUCAGUGAGCUAGAGUAUAGAAGAGAAGCAAUGCAAAUUUUGAGGAUAAUCCAUAACAUUUUUAGGAUGUCUUUGUUAGGGAUGUCUUCUUAAACAAGAAACUUUUUAAAUUCUCAGAGUUUAGGAAACCCAUGUAUAACUUUAUCAUUUCUCCAGAGCUCACAAAUACUUAUUUCCCCCCUUUUUUUUCUUGUUCUUCCAUGUUUUCCAAAGAGAUUUUACAUAUUUUCUAUUUAUAAAUCCAUUGGAAGGAUUUUAAUUUAAAAAAAUUAUAUCUAAAAAACAAAGUACAGUGAUAAAUCAAGCCAGAGAUCUUCUGACCUUUGCGUGCUGUGAAAUCUUAAUUUUUCAGUGAUAAAGAUAAUAUAAAGACACACACAUACCCCACACACAUGUGCACAUACAGAAUAUCCCUACCUUCAGAUAUUCACAGAAAAGCAUGAUUGAUAAAUAUAGACAGCAAUUAGCUAGUCAAAAACGUAUUUUUGUUUCAAAUAUUUGGGGGAAUGUGAUAGUAACUUCAUGAGCUGUCCCAAAACAAUGGCACAAAAAAUUGAA